AUGAAUUGCAAUAACAAUAAUAUAGUAAGUACGAAUUUUAACAAAAAUGAAGAUGAAAGAAGCAGUUAUUUAAGGGGUAAUUAUAUGCCUAAUAUGAACGAAUCUUCAUCUUAUAAUAACAAAGGAAGUAAUUCUGUUGGAGAAGGUACAGAUGUACAGGUACUUAACCAAAUAAGAAAUAAAAGAGAGGGUAAUAAUAAUAAUAAUAAUAUGAUGACCGUUAGUGGAGGUGGAGGGAACAGGAAAUAUUAUGAAGGAAAUAUUAAUAAAGAUGGAUUUGUUAUUAAUGAUAAUUCGUUAAGAAACUCAGAAGGUGCAAGAAAUUACGUGAAUUAUGCAGAUAAGAGUGGAAACAGCAAUAACAAUGGCAGUAGUUAUAUUGGUGGUGUGAACCAAGAAAAUUAUAAAAAGAAAUUUGGGAAUAAUAACUAUCAGGAAAAUCAGAAUAGCCAGAGUAAUCAGAAGAAUCUCAACACUAUGCAGCAACAACAGAAGAAAGGAGGGAGCAACAAUUUUAUGGGAAGCAAUGUGAAUAAAAAUAACAUUGAGAACGAGUUAAUUUCGAAUAAUAUGCGAAGUAACAACAACAAUAAUAACAAUAGCACUAGCGUAAACAAUAAUGGAAACAAUAGUAACAAUGAGAGUAGUAAUUAUAACUCAGAGAAACCAAGAUAUAAACCUCCCAUGCUUAGAAACCAACCAAAUUUUAACAGGAAUAAUUUUAAUAGGAUGAAUUAUAACCGAAUUGGAGGAGGAAAUUAUGGAUAUAAUAGAAAUUUCAAUAUCCCGAAGACUGCAUGGGCAAAUAGAGAUAACAGAAGAUAUUAUCCGGAAAAAGAAGAAGAGAUAUAUUCUAACGUAAAUAGUGAAAAAGGAGUAAACUUUGAUUUAUAUAAUAGUAUACCUGUAGAAAUAAAAGGUUAUAAUAGCGAGAAUAUUAUGCCGAUAGAAAGUUUUGAUGACACAGGUCUAAAUUUACAUGAUUUGUUAUUAGCUAAUAUAAAGAAGGUUAAAUAUGAUAAAACUACACCAAUUCAAAAAUAUAGUUUAAGUAUAAUUAUGAACAGAAAUGAUUUAAUUGGAGUGGCUCAAACAGGUAGUGGAAAAACUGCGGGAUAUUUAUUACCAAUUAUUAAUCAUAUGUUACUAAAUGAACCUCCGAAACAUAGUUUUUAUGAAGAAAAUAAUAAAAAUUCAAACUAUUAUUAUAAUAGAGUUUGUUUACCCAUAUGUUUAAUUUUGGCACCUACAAGAGAAUUGGCAGUACAAAUUUUUUACGAUGCCAAAAAAUUUUGCUUUGAAACAGGAAUUAGACCAGUAGUUUUAUACGGAGGAAGUAAUAUAAAAACGCAAUUAAAUAAUUUAGAUAAAGGUGCAGAUAUAAUAGUUGCUACUCCCGGAAGACUUAAUGAUAUUUUGGAAAAAAGAAAAAUACGAUUAUUCCUUACCUCCUUUUUAGUAUUGGAUGAAGCAGAUAGGAUGCUAGAUAUGGGUUUUUCACCACAAAUUAGAAGCAUAGUAAAUGACUAUGAUAUGCCAGGAAAUGAUAAUGAUGCAUAUAUAAGUGAAAAUAAAGUAGAAUAUAAGAAAUAUUGUAAUGAUGUUGUAAAAAGACAGACCAUAAUGUUUAGUGCAACUUUCAGAAAAGAAAUUCAAGUACUUGCAAAAGAAUAUUUAUGGAAUUACACCUUUUUAUUAGUAGGAAAAGUUGGUAGUACAAACGAGUAUAUUAAGCAAAAUUUAGUAUACAUAGAAGAAGAAAAUAAAUGCAGUUAUUUAUUAAAAUUGUUAUCAGAAAAUAAUAAUGGAUUAAUUAUUAUAUUUGUUGAAACAAAGAGAAAAGCCGAUAUUAUCGAGAGAUUUUUGAACAAUCAAAAAUUAAAUUCUGUAUGUAUACAUGGAGACAAAAGUCAAGAUGAGAGAGAGAGAGCUUUGAAAUUAUUCAAGAGAGGAGUUAAAAAUUUGUUAGUAGCAACAGAUGUAGCAGCAAGAGGAUUAGAUAUAUCUAAUAUUAAACAUGUAAUUAACUUUGAUUUACCUAGUAAUAUAGAUGAUUAUAUCCAUCGUAUUGGAAGAACAGGAAGAGCUGGAAAUAUUGGUAUUGCCACCUCGUUUGUAAAUGAUGACAAUAAGAAUAUUUUUAAAGAUUUGUUAGCAACUUUAGAAGAGUGUAAUCAGUUUAUACCUCGUUGGUUUCUAAACUUAGUUAUGAGGUAUACUGCGAGUGCCAAGGCGAAUCGAAAUUACAGAUAUAAGUCUAUGAAGAAUAAAGGAAAUUAUUCAAGGUAUAAUAAUAGUAAUUAUAAUAAUAGUCCUAAUCAUGGUGGUAUGAUAAACCCGAUGGAUCAGAGGAAUAUGAAUAAUAGUGGAAAUAAUAAUAAUUAUACUAGUAACCCAUUUAACAAUAACAAAGGUUAUAAUCAGCAUCCCUCAUUUAAUAAUAACCAUCCAUACAAUAAUAACAAUUACAUGGGUGGGAAUGGUGGUUUUCCAAGUAACCCAUUUAACAAUAAUAUGUAUGGAAAUAGCAAUUAUAAUAACCCCUUCAACAAUAAUUCUGCUAAUGUUAAUCCUUUUAAUCAGAAUAAAUUCAACAAUAAUUAUAACAGUAGCAUCUCUGGAGACCAAGAUUUUAAAAGAGGCGUUUUUCAAAACACAGAUGACAACGCCGACAAUUGGUAA